ACUCUCGGUCGCCCCUUUUCUCAUCGAUAGUGCCCGCCAUGCUAAUGGCGAGGCCCUCGUCCCUCGUCCCAUGAGUUUAUGGCGGGCUCGUGAUGCUGAAUCUGCAGCCAUUCCGCAUGAAAGGCAUGCUGGAAUUAUCAUCUUAUAUUAUGUGGUUUUGAUAGUAUUCCAGAAAAAGAAUGCUAAUUGCUCACUCCAAAAAGAUAUGGAGACGGAGUUAGCAAGAAUAUCUCUUAAACAUGGACACCGGAAUGCUGAUUGUUUACCCUAGAAAGAAUUAUGGAGAAGGCUCACUCUAUCUCCUUGCAAACUCGCUCUUUACUGGAGAAAGAAUUUUGGAGAAGGCCGAUGCGGUUUACUUGCAAGCUUUUGGCUGUCGCUCGCAAGAAUGGUUUGGUCGGUUGCAUUACUUGUCUUGAAAAGGGGAAUGCUUGCUUGAGGUUUAUUUCCUUCGGAGAUGCAGCACAAAAUUUGAGUAUGUUUUCACGUACUACAUGGAACAUGUGCUCUGCUGGUAAAAUACUAUGUACUUCAGUAGAUAGACGCAAGAAUUAUGCCUUAUUUGGAGGGAAGGGUGUUGAAUUGAACUUGUGGGAUCUUGAAAACUGUAGCAAGAUCUGGACUGCAAAGCCUCCUCCCUCCAACAGCCUUGGUAUAUUCUAUCCAACUUGGUUUACUACUGCAACUUUUCUGAGUGGGCAUCGAAAAAUUGUGGCUGGGACGAACAAUUAUCAGGAUCGUCUUUAUGAUACUUCAGCACAAAGGAGACCUGUAAUUUCAGUUGACUUUCGAGAGACACCAAUUAAGUCAGUUUGUGAUGAUCCAGAUGGCUAUACAGUCGACGUAGGAAAUGGUCUGGCUUCUGGGGACCUUGCUUCAUUUAAUAUGAGGACAGGAAAAUUGCUGGGAUGCUUUAUUGGUAAGUGCUCUGGAAGCAUCAGAUCAAUAGCGAGGCAUCCAGAAUUUCCCAUGAUAGCAUCUUGUGGAAAGACUUGUAUCCUAUUAAUUCAAUAUAUUCAGUUAAUUUUACAUACUUCUACCAUUUUUUUAAGUGCUGUUCUGAGUUUCCUCAAAAAAUAGUGGUCCAUAUUGAAGCAUUUAGUUCAGUUCAGUUCAGAUGUUGAUACAAGCAAUAUGAUUGAUCACAAACUAUCCACAUACAAGAAAAUCUAGAGUUGAUAUAAAAGCAAGGUUUUAAAAUAACUGGAUAGACCAACCAAGCACCAAUUAGAAAGGGCUGGGAAUAUGAGAGUUGGUUUCAGCCUGGGUACCUUGAUAGACUUGGCAUCUGAUGGACAUGAUAUGUAACAUUUGGAUGUAUGGCUUUAGUAGCUUUUCAUUGAUCAAUCAAAGAAUGGUAGUUAUUCUAUAAUGUUUGUUCCAUAAUGGUAGUUAUUCUAUGAACAGUGUUUUUUAAAUGUACAUAUAAUGGUUUUCCAUUUCCCUUUUCUGCCUUAUGCCUAUCAGUCAAAAGUUGAUAUCCUUUCACAAGAACAUGAAAUUCUCACAUCCACUUGAUCAAAGCACUCUUUUCAAUGGUAUUAGCUUUAUCAGGAUGUUUUAACUCCUUUUUUAUACACCCACCUAGAAUGCUUUCAUCUUCUGUCGUUGUUGUUUACUUAUAUGCAUCAAAUAUUGCUUCAUAUCACUAAAACAGACCUUUUAUUUGAUCCAGCAUGCUGGUACACCAAGAUAGUUUCUUGGCAAAACAUAAGCUACUCAUGAACCACCAUCAAAUAUUGCUUCAUAUCACUAACACAGACCUUUUAUUUGAUCCAGCAUGCAGGUACACCAAGAUAGUUUCUUGGCAAAACAUAAGCUACUCAUGAACCACCAUCAAAUAUUGCUUCAUAUCACUAACACAGACUUUUUAUUUGAUCCA